AUGGUCUAUGAUCCGAAUUCUCUCUCAAAUAUAUCAGAUGUGCAAACUACUCAUAUUCACUUGGAUCUCAGCGUCGAUUUUUCGGAAAAGGUAUUAUCCGGAUACGUGGUAUUGAAUUUUAUUACUGUUCGUGAGGAUGUAUCCGAAAUUAUUUUAGAUACCAGAGAUAUUGAUGUGAAACAGGUGUUGUUUGGUGACAAGCCAUUAAAGUCCAAUCUUGCACCCCGUGAUGAAAAGUUCGGAUCUGCUUUGCAUAUUGAGUUGCCAGAAAGUUUUGCUGAAAAUAAACGUAUCCAAUUGAAAAUUGUUUAUAAUACCUCGCCAACGUGUACUGCGGCUCAAUGGUUAGAACCGAGUCAAACCAUCGGUAAAAAAUAUCCGUAUUUUUUCACUCAAUGCCAAGCCAUCCACGCACGAUCUCUUUUACCGUGUCAAGAUUCCCCGGCUAUCAAAUUAACAUAUUCCGCAAACAUCCGUUCACCUUACCAAACAUUGAUGAGCGCCAUGACAAUAGGCGAAGAAGAUGUCGGAAAUGGGGCGAAAAUCUACAAAUUCGAACAAAUGACAAAAAUCCCUAGUUAUUUGAUCGCACUAGCAAUCGGAAACAUUAAAGGGAAAAAAAUCGGACCAAGAUCAACUGUCUGGACUGAACCUGAAAAUCUCGAGGCAUCAGCUUGGGAAUUCGUAGACACGGAGAAAUUUAUCGCGACCGGUGAAGAUAUGUUGACUCCAUACGAAUGGGGAAAAUACGACCUGUUAGUGCUUCCACCUUCUUUUCCAUACGGUGGAAUGGAGAAUCCUUCUUUGACUUUUGUUACACCUACUUUGUUAGCGGGUGAUCGAUCGUUGGUGGAUGUUGUCGCACACGAGAUUUCGCAUAGUUGGAUGGGAAAUUUGGUAACUGCUGUUAAUUGGGAACAUUUUUGGCUGAAUGAAGGCUGGACAGUUUUUAUAGAACGUAAAAUUUUAGCUCGUCUGUAUGGAGAAAAUGAACGACAAUUUCAAGCAAUACUUGGAUACAGCUUUAUGGUGGACAGUAUUGAACUCUUUGGAGAGAAUAGUCCGUUUACCGUGCUGGUUCCUAAAUUGAACAAUGUUGACCCCGAUGAUUGCUUUUCAAAUAUUCCAUAUGAAAAAGGAUUCAAUUUUCUCUAUUACAUUGAACAAAUUGUGGGCGGAACGCAAGUUUUCGAGCCGUACAUGAAAGCGCAUGUAAAACAAUUCAGAGGGAAAUCUAUCACGACUGAUGACUGGAAGGAUUACUUGUUCAAAUAUAUGGAAGAGAAUCAUGGUCCGGAAAAGAAGGAGGCGUUGUUGAAGAUUGAUUGGGAUCGUUGGUUAAAUGCGCCUGGAUAUCCUCCUGUCAAAAAUGAAUUUGGUCAAACAUUAUCAAAAGCAUGCUCUCAACUUGCCAAAAAGUGGGAUAAUGCUCGGAAUAAUAAUAAAUUUGAAGCCUUUUCACCUGAUGACAUCAAAGACUUUACUAGCAAUCAAAAAGUUGUGUUUCUGCAACAGCUUCGCGAUUGUUCACCAUUUCCCCACAAAGCGGUUGAAGCAUUAGAUAAAAUUUACAAUUUAACCGAUGUGGUGAAUUCUGAAAUUCGGUUACCGUGGCAGGAACUUUGUUUGAAAACAGAGUACGAACCAAUCUUUCCGCACGUUGUCAACUUUAUCACGGGACAAGGAAGAAUGAAGUUUGUUAGACCGUUGUAUAGAUUACUGAAUAAAUGCAAGAAUGGCUCAGAAUUAGCAAAGAAAACUUUCCUUGAAAAUAAAUCAUUUUAUCAUCCUAUCGCGGCUGCACUGAUCGAAAAGGAUAUAAUGACUUAA